AAAGACAACCAGAUUAGAAGACUGCUGGACGUCAGUUGAGCGUUGUCUGAUUCGAUGAAAAUGUUCAAGCUCAUCCUGGCCUUGUCGUGUGUCGUCAUCGUCUGUGGUAAGUUUUAAGUCAUUUUGAUCUAAGACUACAUUAGUGAAAGGUGAUGGUAAAGUGAAAACAAUAUUUAGCAUGUCAUUGGCGAUAGGCUGUUUAAACAAAACAAAAACAUGCCACUAUAUUACACUUUGGUAAAACUUUAUGAACAUCAUGCACUUAGAUUACAAUAUCUGAGAUGCCAGGAGCGUGUAAAUGCUAGGGUAUCAGCUAGACAACAGGUUGCUUAUUUUUAAGUACAAAUUCAAAAAUUCAAAUACGCCUUUGACAAACUGAAACAGCCCGAACAAACACCAAUAAUCUUUUCUGCCCUACGCUCUUCGAUUCGUAACGAUAGUAUUUAUGUAAUUUAGUACAGCUACAAUGGAGUGCACGACCAAACCGUUGCUUUUAUAACGCCCGUUCGAAUCGAAAUUUAAGUACGCUCAUGUAUAGCAGUUAAGUGAGGACCAUCACAAAAAGCACGGUGGGACAUUCUACAGCUUUCACCUGAGACGUCUGUAGAGUGUUCAGAGCGUAACUAAUACAGAAGUUAAGAACUGAUCAAAAUGUGAAGUUUGUUGUCCACGCUUAACAAGAGGCGCCAAUGCUGGCUGCACGCGCAUUGCUUAGACCAUGGACACAUGUCGUUGUCUUUUGUCAUGGCUGUAUAGGACGCUGGUACAGAGAGUCAAGACUCAAAGAACGACAUACAAUAAAUGUCUCUUAUUUCGUUCAAUUACUGUAUUAAUAAUUGGACACCGUGAAACAUAUUUUCGUUACCGUUAGUUAGAGAGUUCGCGAGAGUUACGCCUCACCAUUUUCUUCCCCAGAAUGCAAUAUUUUAAGAAGUAAUGAAACAUGUGGUCCGUUGGAGCGAUGUAAUAUGCCUUUGGAUUAUUUAGAAAUCUUUUACAUGGAAGGAAUUUACGAACAAUUCUGUCAGUGAGUAAAAUAGAGACCUCUAAAUUCUUUUAUCGGCCAGUACAAUUUAACGUGUUACAUUAAGUUUCUCCACAUGGUUACUACAUGAUUUUCUUUUUGUAUAUAUGUGUUUAUUUCUUUUGCUAUUGUGUUAAAAAUUUGUGUCUGGUUGUCUAGAUAAUAAUGCCCUGUGAGGUGGAAAGCUACACCAGGUUUUGUUUUCAUUUUUCUAAAUGAUUGUACUGAAAAAGAGUCAAAACAUUUAAAAGUUAAAAAAAGAUUAGUUUGUGUUUUAUAAUGGUUUAAAACUAAUUCACUUCAAAUUCGCAGGAUAUUCAGAAAAUUGGUUGUAGAAAACUUUGGUCGUCUCUCUUCUACCCUCGUUCUCUAACUACUUUAUGUGAAAUGUUAACUCGUUGUCGAGUAUGAGCGUUCAUUAGUAAUUGUUGCGACUGAAUAUUAUGUUCAUUAGUUGUUGAACGCUUUUCCUGCGCUUGACUCUUAUAGGUAGUGAACGCUCUUCCUACUCUCAGUUCCCUCAGUUCUUAGCAGAAGACAGUGGAUCAGUUAAGCACUUGAUUACUAUAAACAAGCUCAAACUGAAUGAUGAAAAGACCGAGAUGAUCCCUUGGGCUAUCGCUCAAAAACUAAAAUAUAUAAACAACACACAGACCCUUACUCUCUCAGGUAUAAAGAUUGAGUUUGCUAAAACAAUGCGAGACAUUUGUGUCUAUUUAGACAGAACUCUAACUAUGGAAAAUCACAUUAACAUGCUUUGCAAGGCGAUUUCUAGAGCUGCGCAGAAUUAGUCAUAUAAGAACUUUCUUAAAACUAGAUGCAUCAAAAAAGCUGUUAUCUGCAUUCGUGCUAUCACGCAUGGACUACUGUAAUGCUCUUAUGGUGGGUCCUAAAUAUACGCUCCUAGAUAAAAUUCAAAAAGCACAGAAUAAUGCGGCUCGCAUUGUUCUUCGCAAACACAAAUAAGACCAUGCUAAAUCACUUCUGAGAGAGUUGCAUUGGCUGUCGAUCCGCAUUCGCAUAGAGUAAAAAAUUGCAACUCUGUGCUACAGCUGCUUGCAUGACCUGACACCGUCCUAUCUCAAAGAGCUGCUGACGCCUUAUGUACCCACUAGACAAUUCCGCUCAUCAGAUAGUGGCAAACUCUCGAUACAGUGUGUUCGCCUUGAGACUUAAGAGGGGCGUACUUUCGCAUUUGCUGGCCGAACAAUUUCCAAAACCCUUCCUGUCUCUCUCACAAACAGCCAGUCGCUGGAGUCUUUCAAAAUUGAUUUGAAGGCAUAUCUAUUUCGCAAAUACCUGCUGGGAUGAUGUUGUCUAUCUAGCUAUUAUCUUGCGGAUGUGUAUUGGCCUGUUGGCUAGGUUCCCAGGCUAUGUCUUCCAUGUCCUAAUAUAAAACAUUCUUAAAUGCCAAAGUCAAAUCCUCACUCACCUAUUGUAACGUUGCCUGGUCCCUGCCCCUAUCUUUCCCUCGUACAUUCCUGGUCAUUUGCGACACACUGUAAAAACUGUGCUUGCAGCAUUCGUUAGUUAAUUUGAGACGCGUGAGAGACAGUCUGGUGCAUUUUGGUAAUCAGCCAGCCGUCAUACUAUGGGUCUCCCACCCAUGUGCCACUAAGGCUGAACUAUAUACAACAUUCUAGCAAUGCAAGGCUCUUAUAAGGGUUGAAAGAUAACAAAACAAAACAACACAGUCAGGUAUAUCUUAUUUUCUCAUUAUCUUUUUACAGAGCGGAAGCCGAUUAUAAACAUUGCAAUGAAGAGUUAAAGCCCCAAUGCAAUAAUGAAGAUCUUACAGAAGAAAUCGAAAGUACAUUGGCAGCUGUCAAGUUCAUUUGUUCAAAUGAAGGAAGUCAAGGUUUGACACGAGAGUUCUACGUUUUUAAAACAAUUAAAAAGUUGAGAAAACUCUUGAAAACUUUCUCUUAAACUGUCUCAUAAAAUUUGUCAAAGGAUUUGCAAAAUAAUAAUACUCCAGCUGUUGGCUUUACAAAAGUACAAAACUCUAACGUAGAUAUUGAAUAGAUCCAAAUAGUUUUAUUCUAAAUUAUUAAAGUGGUUUUUUUUUCCUUUACAGUACUCCAUGCUGCUGCUCACUCAGAUUGCAUCACCAACGCCACUAAGAAAUCGGAGAUGUUCACUACCAUUCGCGAUUGUGAGAUUUCCGCUCUUAGCAAUGCAUUUUUGAACCACCUACCAUUCGAGGACGAAGUCGUUUGCCCGUAAGAGCAUAUUAUGUGUUCUACAAAACUACAAUGAUUAUAGCACAUUAUUUAUAAUAUAAAAACUGUCUUGAAUAUAAAAAAAAUGAUUUAUACAAGAAUGAGCUUGGAUAUCCAAUGUAACACAAAAGAAACGAAGUAAUUUUAAUACCAUCGGAAUCUGGCAAAAAAACCAACUAUGAUAUUGAUUUUCUAAUUUUUUUCAUUUUGCCCCAUUCAUCACAAGAUACGCCUCACAAGAAAGGAAAUAAUUUCUUAAUCUAAAAUAUAAAAUAAAUUAAAAACCUUUGAGUUUUUGUUUUAAAUCUAAGAUUCUUUUUUCCAAUUUUUUAGAGAAAAAAAAAUAAGCAAAAUGACAUGAAAAGGGUUAGGGUAGGUUAGGGUAGGGUAGGGUAGGGUAGGCCGAAUAUUUAACAAUUUAAAAACACAAGACGUCUAAAGUUUUUUUCUAGCUAGAAGUCAGCCGUCAAUAAACUCCUGCAGUGACUAUAAUGAUAUAAAUAGUAAUCAUUUAAAAAAGAAGCAAGGUAAUCGUAAUAAAUUAAGAACAAAAAUACUUCUCCAAACUUCAUGACUCUAGAAACGUAGACAUCAUUACAUAGUUACUUCUUUUUUUUAAAAAAAACGGAAUUGUGAAGAAAUUUCGCAAUAUUAGGUAGAAAUUGUCGCAAAGUGUCGACCAUUAUUAUCCAGAUAACAUCGGGUGAUAUAUUCUAGUUUAUAAAUAAAACAGCAAUGGCUAUAGCAAAUAUUAUAUAAUAUAAAUCUGCCUUGAGUACAUCACACAACAUAUCAUGCAAAAGUGUCUUAGCUAUAUAUACCCAUCACCUUUUAAAUAUAUAUUAGAACAUAGGCAAAUAUUUGUGUGUUGAUUUUUUUCUUUUAUUAUUAAAUCUAAAUGCCUCAUUUAAAAAGCUUGGAGGAGUUUAACACUUAUUAAAGAAACGACAGUAUUCAGUUAAUUGUGUCGCAUAUUCAGCCAUCUCCCAAAAAGAUGUGUCUUGGUGCUGCAUUUAUAUUCUUUUUUAUUAUACCAAUGGGUACAACGUUCUUCAAAUUUACCCAGCUUGAUUGAGCGAGAUUUGACCUGUGUUACAAAUUACAUCGAUGAAAACUGUGGUGCCAUCUAUGGCGCUUUCCUUCAUGAAUUUGUCCGGAGAAAACUUAGGCCAUCGUUAGGUUGUGAGCUGGUGCAAAGACAAUUCCGUAAGUUAAUCAGUAAAACAUGUAUCUGAGUUAAAGGGUAUUUGUAAAACAUGUAUCUGAGUUAAAGGGUAUUUGUAAAACAUGUAUCUGAGUUAAAGGGUAUUUGUAAAACAUGUAUCUGAGUUAAAGGGUAUUUGUAAAACAUGUAUCUGAGUUAAAGGGUAUUUGUAAAACAUGUAUCUGAGUUAAAGGGUAUUUGUAAAACAUGUAUCUGAGUUAAAGGGUAUUUGUAAAACAUGUAUCUGAGUUAAAGGGUAUUUGUAAAACAUGUAUCUGAGUUAAAGGGUAUUUGUAAAACAUGUAUCUGAGUUAAAGGGUAUUUGUAAAACAUGUAUCUGAGUUAAAGGGUAUUUGUAAAACAUGUAUCUGAGUUAAAGGGUAUUUGUAAAACAUGUAUCUGAGUUAAAGGGUAUUUGUAAAACAUGUAUCUGAGUUAAAGGGUAUUUGUAAAACAUGUUAGUAAAUUAACGAGUUUUUGGAAUGCAUUUUUUUCGGUAAGUUAUUGUGUUGCUUUUUUUUCUAAAAAUAAUAGUAAUUAAAAUUCUAUACAAUGUAUUACAUAGAUAUUGGGUUUUUUUUAAUUUCCAUUUUGAAAACGGCUAAUAAGUAAACGUUGGAAAUUGUUAGGAGUGAUAUAAAUUAUUAAACAUACUAAAAUAACAUCAUUAAAAAAAAUCCGUUUUUUUAUUUUUUUAAACACAGUAACGCCAGACCAGCAAAAUCACUGCCAUUAAUAUCAAUGUAAGUUAACCUUUAAAAGUCACAGUAUGUGUUAUUAAAGUCAACGUUAGUAUUAUAUUGAAGAUCUGUGAAAUAGAAGCAUUAGGGUUAGAGAUUAAGUUAUUUUUUCUCAUUUUUUAAAAAAAAAACCAUCUUCAAAUAAUUAACAUUCUGGUAUGUUUCAAAAUUCGCCAGUUGACAACUGUACUCAAUAAUACCAGGGAAGGUUUUUUUCAAGGGGGAGGGGGCGAAAACACAACUUAUACCGCUUGUUAACUUGCGUAUUACUGGAGGCACCAAAGUAAAUAUUAAUUAAAAUAAACCCUGCACAUUCCACCAUGCCCUACCCAAAUGACGUCCCUUUACCAGGAUGAUACCUUUUAAGUAUGACGAUGCAGAUCUUUUAUUAUGAAGAUCAGAUAUCACGAGUGAGACAUUCAUGAGAAUAAGACAAUUUUCUUUUAAAUAUUAAGAGCUAAUUUAGUAGCAUUCCUUUCCUGUCUUUUGUAUAUUACCUACACAUAUAUUUUAAUUAAAGAAUUAUGCUGAAUUAAUAAUAGCAUUAAAUAAACGUAGUUUUACAUUAUGUUGACAAACUUAGGUAAAAGAAUAUGCUGUUGACUUUAUAAAGGAUCGUUAACUAAAGUUAACAUUUAUUACAUCUGCUCUAUUUCAGGUCGUUUCGUUGGCGCUGUCCGAGUGCACCGUUUCAUUUCCAAUUACGCAUUAAAAGUGGAUUAAAAAUUACUUUAAAAAGCCAGAAAAAACUAGUAACUAACAAAAUCUUAUGUUUUUUCGAAUACAAAUUUUAAUUUAGCUUUUUUUAAAAAUGUAUUUGUUGUUUUUUUAAAUUAAAUUUUACCAUUAAAGAUU